AUUGAAUUGAAACCUGUUUAUGGCACCUUCGAAAAAAAAAAAAAAACUGUUUUUUGCAAGUUAAACUCAUCAUCUAGGGCUCCAUAGCUCUCCAACUGUACUACAAAAUAAAAACGCCAAAAUUAGUUUUACAAAAAAAAAUCAAAAAAUCAAAAAAUCAAAAUCAAUCUCUCUCUCUAGCAAUUCAUAUUCAGACCCGUCGGAGUUGUUCAGACCUCUCUCGUCGGAGCUCCGGCAUUAUCGCCGUCGCCAUUUUCACAAGUUUUUAGAGUGCUUUUUGGAGAUGGUGGAGUCUUCGAAGGGUCACCACGAAGAAUUCGACGACGAUGAAGAAGUUGUCACCCAAAAAGGUCUUUCUUUCUCUUUUCUCCGUUAAUGUCUUCUCUUUUUUUUUUUUUUUUUUUUUUUUAAAAUGAGAUUUUUAAAAAAAAAGGGAAAGAGCAGGGAAAAGAAUAGGUCCAAGCAUUCAGAAACUGAGCAGCGUAGAAGGAGCAAGAUUAAUGAGAGGUUUCAAACACUGAGGGAUCUCAUACCCCAAAAUGAUCAGAAAAGAGAUAAGGCUUCAUUCUUGCUGGAGGUUAUAGAGUAUAUUCAGUUCUUACAGGAGAAGUUAAAUAUGUACGAGGGGUCAUUACAUGGUUGGAGUUCGGAACCAAGAAAAUUGAUUCCAUGGAAAAAUGAACAUGUGCUGACAGAAGGCUUUUCAGAUCCGGGUCAAGUUAUGAAAAAUGGUUCUGAUCUUCAAAAUAAUGUUGUUGUUUCCCCGUCUAUGCUCCCCAAUUCACAGAACUCUCCGGAGUCUGACAUGGGCUCCGCUAUGGUUUACAAAACAAUGGAUCACCUCGCUGGGUCAGCUAUUCAAGCAGCUCCUCUCAACGUGCAACACACAAGUAUGUUUGAUCCUAUUGGGAGGCGUGUUGUGCCUUUACAACCUUCGCAGGAAUCUGAUGUUGUUCAUGUAGAUCCGCUACCACAACCACAAUCUGUAUCAUGGCAGAGUGGACAUUCAACUGCAUGUUCUGUGUUAAAUAAUACAUCUUGUAUCCAGGAGGAAAAAUGUGGAUCAGCUAGUAUCUCAAAUUCGUAUUCUCAAGGGGUACUAGAUACACUGACACAAGCGCUGCAAUCUUCAGGCGUGGAUUUGUCUCGGACCAGCAUCUCAGUGCAAAUUGAUGUCGCGAAUCGAACAGAUAGUGGACUGACUUUUUUGGCGUCCAGUUCAAAGGAUCACGUGAACCGGUCAUUGGACAAUCAAUUGACGGCAAAUCCGCAGGUAACCAGUGCGAGUGACAAGUUUGAACAAGCUCAUAAGAGGCUCAGAGUAGAACAAAAGUAGUUUAUUUUUGGAGUUGCCCAAUUUUUCUUAUGGACUCGUUUUUUAUUUUAUUUUAAUUUUGGUUCUUUUCUUAAUUUCGGAUGGUGGUUCGAGGUGAGAGGGGGAUCAGAUGGGUCAUUUUUUUUAGAUCAAUUGUACAUGUGUAUGCUCCUUGUUCUA